ACAGGACGAGGGUCCCUAUUCCCUCAAGUGCAAGAAGAAGCCUUGAACGCCACAAGUAACCGUGACAGCAGUCUCACCGGCAACUACGGCUCUACAAUAUAUUUAUCUGGCAUACAGAGAGGAUGAAUAAUCUCUCAGAGGCGUUUUCGAAGCUAAUCUGGGGAGAGAUGCCGAAAAUAAUCCCCUACCGGAGCGUUCCCGACAACGUGCCUUUUACUCAGCUUUUCCAGCAUUAUCCCGUACUCAGUCCGUUCUACACAGAGUAUGAGAAAAAUUUCCAUGCUUCCUCCUACGUCAAUUUCGCACAAAAUACUUGGCCCGCCUUACCACUCGCUUUGUGCGGGAUCUACGGCUUGAUGAUUGUCGUGGGCACCAAGGUUAUGGAGUCUCGACCCAAGCAUGAAUGGAAAACAGCCUUAGCUUGUUGGAACUUACUCUUGAGUGUUUUCUCCUUUUGCGGCAUGCUCCGCACCGUACCACACCUCCUUCAAAACGUCACGACUCUGCCCUUUAAGGACACGAUUUGCCGGCACCCCGCUGAGACCUACGGAGAAGGGGCCUGUGGGCUCUGGGUUAUGCUUUUCAUCUACAGCAAGGUCCCCGAGCUCGUCGACACGGUUUUCAUCGUCUUCCGCAAAAGCAAGCUGCAGUUCCUCCACUGGUACCACCAUAUCACCGUCCUCCUCUUCUGCUGGCACUCCUAUGCUGUCACCUCCUCCACGGGCCUCUAUUUUGUCGCUAUGAACUACUCGGUCCACGCGGUCAUGUACGCCUACUAUUAUUUGACCGCCAUCAAAGCUUGGCCCUCCUGGAUCCCUCCCUCGAUCAUCACCGUCGCUCAAAUCUCCCAGAUGAUGGUCGGCGUGGGCAUCUGCGUCGCCUCGUUUUACUACCUGUACACGGACCCUGAGCAUUGCGAAGUAAAACCCCAAAAUGUCUACUCAGGAGCCUUGAUGUAUGGCAGUUAUCUCUAUCUAUUUUGUGAUUUCUUCGUACGCCGCUUCCUUCGGGGUGGGAAGCCGCGAUUGGGAGAAGAGCGCAGCGCGGUGUUGACCAUGACGAAAAAGAUCAAGGACAUGUAAGCGCGACAGAGGCUGUCGCGAAAGCUGGGAACAGGUGGGGAUGGGGCAUCCAGAGCAGCCAUGACUUUGGAGGAUGGGUAGCGCUCUCCCCAUGCACCUCAUGUAGCCCACACAUGUGUGCAAUCGAACACUUCCAUCAUCAAUUCGUACAACGGAUGUGACGGCGGGUCACGUAAUUGAUGGCAAUGACAGAGAGGAAAGGCAGAAAUAGGUCUUAAAACAUCAAAGCACAUGGUAGCGUCCAUAAAAGAAAAAAAGACAUGAUAAGAGA